AUGGCGGACGUCGGCGUGACCUCGGAAGACCUGUCUGUGUUUGCAGAGGCACGGCCUUUCAAGUCGGAGGCCUACCUAUCCAAGAUGGGCGCCAAUGGCGCACCUGUCCCUACCCGCCGAAAUAAAACGCUCAAGCAAAUCUUGAACCAGGAACGCGACGCGUACUUACAAAAGCGGGGUUUGUUGGAUUCGAAAAAGAAAGGAACUGAAGAGUCUACGCCAAAACGACAUAAAACCUCUGCUGUUGCCUCCGAGGAGGAGCCCAAACAAGAGGAUUCAACCGUUGAUAUGCAAGUGGACAACGCAGCUUCCUCACGCUAUGUGCCUACAUAUGCCAAUGUACAGGCACCACCUAGCCUUCUGCCCAGCAAGAAAUACUGUGACAUUACAGGCUUAAUUGCUCCCUAUACCGACCCAAAGACGCGUCUGCGAUACCACAGUGCCGAAGUCUACGACAUCAUUAAAGGCUUUGUGCCUGGCGUGGACAAUACCUAUUUAGCUCUGCGCGGCGAUGCAUCCCAGCUUUUGUAG